GUGUCGAUUAUCCUCAACAAGCACCAACGACAACACCGCCGUCAUGCCUCACUCGUACGGUCUGCGCGCCGGCACUCGGUAUGCCUUCAGCCGUAACUUCAAGGAGCACGGUAUGAUCCGUCUCUCCACCUACCUGAAGACCUUCCGUGUUGGUGAUAUUGUCGACCUCAAGGUCAACGGUGCCGUCCAGAAGGGUAUGCCCCACAAGGUCUACCACGGCAAGACCGGUGUCGUCUACAACGUGACCAAGUCCUCCGUCGGUGUCCUCCUGUACAAGCGUGUCGACAACCGCUACCUCGAGAAGCGCAUCAACGUCCGCAUUGAGCACGUCCAGCACUCCCGCUCCCGCGAGGAGUUCAUCAACCGCGUCAAGGAGAACGCCCUCAAGAAGAAGGAGGCCAAGGAGAAGGGUAUCCACGUUCACCUGAAGCGUCAGGCCGUCGCUCCCCGUGAGGCUCACACCGUCAGCUUCACCGACAACAUCCCCGAGACCGUCGUGCCCAUCGCCUACGACACCCACAUCUAA